AAUAGUGUCAUUCAGUCGUAAACUUUGAAAAUGGAACGUUGGCAAAAUAAAGUCGCUGUUGUUACCGGUGCCAGUUCGGGUAUAGGUUCUGCUAUUGUUAAAGAUCUGCUCAAGGCAGGCGUACAGGUAGUGGGUUUAGCCAGACGUAAGGAACGUGUUGAAGAACUCAAAGAAAGUUUGCCGGCUGAACAGAAAUCUCUGUUAACGGCCAUUAAGUGUGAUGUUUCCAAUCAGCAAUCAGUUAAUGAGGCUUUCGAUGAAAUAAUUGCCAAAUUUGGUGGUGUUGAUAUACUUGUCAAUAAUGCUGGUUGUGCUAAAAUGGGCCAAUUGGUUUCAAUGGAUGUUCAAGACAUACAAAACGUAUUGCAAACAAAUGUCAUGGGUAUUGUCUACUGUACACAAAGAGCUUUUAAAUCGAUGAAAGAACGUAAUUUUGAUGGUCAUGUUGUGCUUAUUAAUAGUGUAGCUGGUCAUAAUGUUUUUCCGGGAGCAAUGGGUAAUGUGCCUUCAACAAACAUUUACUCACCCUCGAAAUUUGCUGUAACAGCAAUAACUGAAAUCUAUAGACAAGAGUUUAAAGGUUUGGGUACAAAAGUUAAAGUUACGAGCGUUAGUCCCGGUUUAGUAGAUACCGAAAUUGUUAGUGACCCCUUUAAGCAAGCCAUGAAAGAUUGUAUUUUGAAUGCUCACGAUAUUUCUAAUGCUGUUUUAUACACCCUCUCUACACCGCCUCAUGUGCAAAUUCACGAAAUUACUAUAAAACCAAUUGGAGAAAUAUUUUAAUUACACUUUUGUUGAAUUAGUUAAAAAAUAUUAUAUACUUUAAAACUUAUAUUUAUAAAUAAAAUUGUUUAUUAGCUUGCA